UGUGUAAAGGCACUUUAGCCAGAAGAGCUCACGGAUGCUUCACAAAGAUCUGUUUCACAACAACGUCUGUCAGUGGUCUUUUCAGCCAGAAAAAGGAAAGCGAUUAUAAAUUCUGUAACCUGUAAAAAAUAUCAAAGUAAUUAUGGAAACCUCAACCAUGCAGAUGAAAACUCAAGUCCAGCAACAUUACUCUUCUGAGGUUUCUACCUCCAGCUCAGUGGAGCAUAUGACUCAGGCAACCAAAAUCACAGAAGAGAAAUCCUCUUCUUCUGUAGAGUCCUUCAGCAUGGUUUCUCAUUCUGUGGAAAUCCCUGCUGGAGAGAGCAUUCCUGAAUUUAUGGUGAAGCCUCAGCCACUGACAACUUCCGAAGGAGAUAAGGCUAUAUUCCGAGCCAAGGUGACAGGUAACCCCAAGCCCAAUGUUACAUGGAAAAGAGAAAGUGGGUUGCCACUCAAAGAGGGAUCAAAGGUAUUUUUCGACAGCAUCAAUAAAGAGUACGUCCUCAAGUUAGAAAACCUCACAGGUGGUGACGCUGAUCUUUAUAAGUGUAUCGUUUCCAACAGGCAUGCUGACAUUAUCUAUACAGUAUCCCUGGUUAUAGCUGAAGGUCAAGAAAAGAUGGAUUUCAAAAAAAUGCUGAAAAAAAGGGGGCUUCCUACUCCAAAGAAGGAGAAAAAGGUGACUGAUGAAAAGGAAAUGCUGGAGAUCCUCUCUCAUGUGCCUAAGAAAGACUUUGAGAAGGUCUGCAUGGAGUAUGGUUUCACCGAUUUUCGAGGACUUCUAAAAAAGCUGAAGCAGAUGAAGAAAAAAGAAGUUGAGGCGAUAAAGAUUCUAAAACCUUUGGAAGAUGUUUCUGCUAAAGCGGACUCUACAGCAAUAUUUGAUUGUAUUCUGGAACUCAGGGAUGCCAAUAUGAAGAUGAUGUGGUUAAAAGGUGAUGAACCGCUGCGUCUUCAAUAUUCUUUAGGGAAAUAUGACGCAAAACAGAUGGGCACUAAGUUUAUGCUGUACAUCGCUAACGUCAACAAAGCUGACUUAGGUGCCUACUCUUUUGUCAUUGGUGAUAAAGUUCUGUCUGCAAAUUUGCAUGUAAUAGACGAGCCUCUGCAGUUUUUGUCAGAUCUAACACCCAUGAAAGUAAACGAAAGGCAAACUGCUGUACUUGAGGUCCGCCUUUCCAAAAAGGUCUCCAACUUUGUUUGGAAACUGAAUGGAAAAGAGUUGAAGCGGGAUGAGAAGUACGAGAUCAUCACCUCCGAAGAUGGCUUGACACACACGCUGAAAAUUAAAGAUGCCCGCCUGAGUGACAUGGGGAAGGUCAGCUUUGAAGGUGGAGGCCUGUUGACAGAAACUGAGCUUUUCAUUCAGAGAACACCAAUUAAGUUUGUUAGAAACCUGAAGAACGUCCGAGUCAAGGAGAAAAGCAAAGCUUGCCUGGAAUGUGAGCUGACCAGUAAAGAUGUGGUGUUGAAAUGGAUGAAGAACGGGAAGGUGAUUGGGAAAUCUCAGAAAUUUACCAUGACCCGUGAAGGGAAGACGGCAGAAUUGAUAAUAGAUGAUACCGAGCUAAGUGACUCGGGAGAAUAUAUGGUAGUUGCCACACAAGAAGGUGACCCUACAGAAUACUACAGCAGUUGUAAUGUAACUGUGGAAGAGAGAUUUGCUACAGUCAAGAGUGGCUUAUCAGAUGUCCAAGCAGCUACAGGAGACCCAGCAGAGCUUUGUGUUGUCCUGAAUGAUGAGAAAGUGGAAGGUGUGUGGCUGAAGGAUGGCAAAGAGAUCACAGAUAUGAGAGGAAUCCAGAUUGUCAAGCAAGGAGCUGUGCACAAAUUGAUCAUUGACAAGAUGGGUGAGGAAUAUGAAGGGAAGUAUACUUUCAGAGCAAAAGGAGCAGAAACUGAGGCCACCGUCAGCAUCGCAGUGACAAUUCUGAAAAAGGAAUGGAAGAAUCUCCUUCUAUUUGUGUUCUGCUUCAUCACGCUUAAACUUUUUUUUUCAGAUCCUCCAGGACAAGCGUCUCAACCUCAAGUUACUGAUGUUUCGAAAGAGGCAAUUACCAUUACUUGGAAUCCUCCAGCUAACGAUGGUGGGUCUCCAGUUACAGGUUACAUUGUGGAAAGAAGGAAGAAAGGUAGCAACCUCUGGGUGCCUAUAUCCAAGGAACCAAUUCAAGAUACUAAGUGCACAGUGGAUGGUUUACUGGAAGGUGCGGAAUAUGAGUUCCACGUCAUAGCAGUGAACCGAGCAGGGCCAGGAGCUCCCAGCAGUGCUUCCAGCUCAGUUGUAGCAAAAGAUCCCAUCAAGCCUCCUGGGCAGGUGAAGGGAUUGCACGUGGCUGAUUCUUCCCAAUCCAGCAUUUCAUUGGCAUGGCAAGAACCUGAUGAGGGUGAUCCACCUUCAGGGUACAUACUGGAGAUGCGACCUGAGGGCACCAAGGAAUGGUCCAAGUGUACCAAGAUCCCAAUUUCUGGCAAGAGUUACACCGUGGGAGGUCUGCAGGAGAGGCAGAAGUAUUUCUUCCGUAUCCGAGCUGUCAAUGAAGCUGGAGUGGGAGAACCGAUUGAGCUGAAAGAAGGGGUUCUGGCCAUGCCCCCUCCAGUUGGUCCAAAGUUUGAUCUGAGUGUCAGACUAAAGAGUCAUAUGGUGGUUCGUGCUGGGACUGCCCUCUGCAUUCAUGCUUCCUUUAUUGGCUCUCCUCCUCCCAAUGUUGUGUGGCAAAAAGACGGGGUUCCCACAAAGGGGAGAGAAAGCAUUACAAAAGGCAAGCAUCACUCCCAGUUCCUCAUCCAUAGCACCAAACGCAUCGAUUCUGGACUCUAUCGGAUCGUGCUGAGUAAUGAUUACGGAGAGACACACUACGACAUCCAUGUCAGAGUGACAGACUUCCCAAGGCCACCUACUAAUCUGAACCUCUACGAAGAAGUGCCAAACACUGUAACACUAAAGUGGGAUCAUUCUCCAGAUGUGAAGGAGGAUGACGAUGCCCAUUAUGUCAUUCUAAAACGUGACACCAGCACUGCCACUUGGUUCACUGCAGAGGAAAAAGUGUACAAUAACAAGUAUACUGUUACUGGUCUGCUUCCUGGCAGGAAAUAUUUCUUCCGGGUGAUUGCCCGCAAUGACAUCGGUGACAGUGAUCCUUUGGAUUCAAAAGAUUCCUGGUAUAUCGAUAAAGAUAUAGACCUUUUCCAUGCCAAGAUGAAGGAGUACCAUGAGCGGGACUGGAGCCAUGCUCCCCAUUUUAUAACGCGUCUGAAGAACCACCUAGUGUGCCGAGGUCAUGACUGUACCAUGAGCUGUGCUUUCUUGGGAAACCCCCGCCCAACGGUUACAUUGUACAAGGGCGAAGUCAAUAUCACAGCCCAUUCCAAAUUCUGGUACAAUUCAACAAGUGGUGUCUGUACACUGAUGAUUCCCACAUGCACUGCCAAGGAUAGCGGCGAGUACUCCAUACUAAUUGAGAAUGAGCUUGGGGAAGAAAAAUGCAGUUGUACCUUGACAGUAUAUGAAAAAGAUGAUAGAAGCCUUUUGGACACAAUUAUUGGCAGCCUGCAGAAAUCAAAACAUCUCAUGUGAAGUUGAACCACAUACUUCACCAAAUACAAAUUUCAAGUAUGGUUCAGCAUCAUUCAGACUGUUUUGGGUUGUUUGUGGUUUGAGCUCUUUGGGACUGUAUAAUUAUUAGUAGUCUUGUAAUGCAAAUAUGAUGCUUGUAGUCAGGCUGUCAUAGGGACAGUAGAUUUGCCAUCAGACGACUAAGAAGAUGUAGAUUAUUUUAGUUAUAAUUAAUAAUACAUGGUGCAUACUUAGAAA